AUGUCGACCAACGUCAACGGCAACGGCAAUGACAAUGACGACGACGAUGCCGCCGUACGCUCCUCCGAGUUCGAGUUCGAGCCCAUCACCGUCACAAGCGAGUUCGAGCCCAUCGACUCGCAGCAGCUCAGCCUGGGGAACGCCAGCACCGUAGGCACCGCUCGGUCGUCCAAGUUCGCCGCGACCACCACGGUGCGGGACGUGCGCCGCGGCGUCUUCCGGGACGGCAGGGACCCCAGCAUCGAGCACGUCGGCGUCGUGGUGGUUCUGUGCUUCGAGUUCGGCGUCUACUACCGGCCCGACAGGGUGAGCAUCAAGAUGGAGGUGGACGAAGCAGCCGACAUCGACGGCCAGGCUCAGCAGCCGAGUACUAGUAAUCCCGAAGCCGAGCUCCGCAUCAAGGCUCGCUACCCCAGGGAGGCGCGGGGCCCUUCCACGGAGAAGCCGGUCACGCAGACCAUCGCGGGCGUGAUCGAGCCGUCGGUGGGCUCGGUGUCGGUCGGGAGUGUGCGGUUUGAGCGGUCGACGACGCGGGUGCAGCGCGGCGCUACCGCCGCUCUCAGCUCGGCCAUCGUGGGCGACCUGUCGGUCGCGUGGAGUCUCGAGGGCGACAGGAAUAAGAUUAUCAAUAACAGUAGUAAUAAUAGUUUUAAGGGGGCGGCCGGCGUGCCAGGUUCGCUCGCCUGUGCUGUGCUGCUGCAGACCGACUGCAUACCCUUUGAGAUAAGCGUCGAGUUCACCGCGCCGCUCUUCGGGAGGCUGUAUCGGGCCAAGCCAAAAAUCGUCAUAAGCCAGAAUCAUCUCUGGGAGAGGCGCGGCCGAGACCCGUGGGAGGCGGCCUCGGAGUGGAGAGACUUUGAUUCGGAUGCGUUCGGCGACUGGAUACAGCGGAAGACCAGGAACGAGUGGGCGGAAAUGGUCCUCUAUUAG